GGCGCGAGGGGCGGAGCUUGGCGGAGACCGCGGAGGGGUCGCCGCGGCUCCCGCUCUUCGAGUCGGCGGCUCCCUCGGGCGCUGCUACGCGGAAGUGGAGUCCACAGGGCGGGUGGCCGCAGUCGCCGGGUGGCACGCUCAGCUGCGGGCAGAGGCGACAUGAGUGCCGCGGGGCUGCUGGCUCCGGCUCCGGCCCCAGCUGGAGCGCCGCCGGCGCCGGAGUACUACCCUGAGGAGGACGAAGAGCUGGAGAGCGCCGAGGACGACGAGCGCAGCUGCCGGGGCCGGGAGUCUGACGAAGACACUGAGGAUGCUAGUGAAACUGACCUGGCAAAGCAUGAUGAAGAAGAUUAUGUAGAAAUGAAGGAACAGAUGUAUCAGGAUAAACUGGCUUCUCUCAAGAGACAGUUGCAACAGCUUCAGGAAGGUACAUUACAGGAAUAUCAGAAGAGGAUGAAAAAACUAGAUCAGCAGUACAAAGAGAGGAUACGAAAUGCAGAACUCUUCCUCCAGCUGGAAACUGAGCAAGUGGAAAGAAAUUACAUCAAAGAAAAGAAGGCGGCGGUGAAAGAAUUUGAAGACAAGAAGGUGGAGCUGAAAGAGAACCUGAUUGCUGAGCUAGAAGAAAAGAAGAAAAUGAUCGAAAAUGAAAAGCUCACGAUGGAGCUGACCGGAGAUUCAAUGGAAGUGAAACCCAUCAUGACCAGAAAGUUGCGGAGGCGACCGAAUGACCCCGUCCCCAUCCCAGACAAGAGGAGAAAACCUGCACCUGCCCAGCUAAACUAUUUGUUAACAGAUGAACAGAUCAUGGAGGAUCUGAGAACGUUAAAUAAGCUUAAGUCACCCAAGAGACCAGCAUCCCCAUCCUCUCCUGAACACUUGCCGGCCACACCUGCAGAGUCUCCAGCCCAGAGAUUUGAAGCUCGGAUAGAAGACGGCAAACUGUACUAUGAUAAAAGAUGGUACCACAAGAGCCAAGCCAUCUAUCUGGAGUCAAAGGACAACCAGAAACUGAGCUGUGUGAUCAGCUCUGUCGGAGCCAAUGAGAUCUGGGUGAGGAAGACCAGUGACAGCACCAAGAUGAGGAUCUACCUGGGCCAGCUGCAGCGCGGGCUCUUCGUGAUCCGCCGGAGGUCAGCGGCUUGACUUCCUACAGUGUUCUUCCCUUGACCCCUUUCCUGGAGCGGUUUUUGGUUUUGUUUUGUUUUCCUCUUAAUAGAAAGUUUUUAACUUGGGGAUUGCUCCUUGGCCAUGGAAAAUGGCGAAUACAGUUGUGGAUUCUGCAAGGCGCUGUUGUGGCCAGCCACUCCCCAUCUGUGUGUCCUUCUUGAUCCACCUCGACUCCUUCCGGUCGUCAGUCACCAUGAGACUCUCUCACUUCUGGGAGCACUGGGAGUUUGCUUUACUUCUUUGUUUUUUUGCUUAUACUUUUUCUUUUUUUUUUUUUUUAAAUUAAGCCUCCUUUGAGUUUGAAGGGACAACUCGAUUAAAAUCUCUUUAGGUUUUCCUGCCAUGAAGAGGAGUAGGAAGGGAUACACUCUACAAUGCGUUUUCAUGUUUUGAAUCUGAUUAGUGGAUCACUUAGCUACUUUCUUUGUUGGGCCCAAUUCGCUGUUUCCCCAGAAGCUCGGGGCAAAGGUCCUAGAGGAAGGAGAUUAAUUCUCCUGGCUCUCAGCCUUCUCGGAGAAAUAAAUGCCUUGUGUAACAUCUGGCGUAUGCCAUCCAUUCCAUUGGCUAAAAGACAGAAAAACUUGCCUGGGAGACUAUGUGCGCUGCAGUAAAUGGGGUCGGGGGAGGGGCCGUUUCAUAUUCAUGAAGUACUGACGGUACCAUAUUUUAAAUGUUGUUUAGUGCAAUCGGUUUUAUUCAGACACGUUUGUUCUAGCUCAGGCUGGAACAAGAAGUGGUCCUUUUGGAAGUUUUCACCUGUAAUUCACUUCUCUCUCCUGCUCGCAAGUAGAUGAGGCGGUGCCUGCCGCAGGCUGAUUAUCUGGGGGGUCUGUUGUAGGUGGGGAGAUGAGAUGGAUGGUGUCAUCGUCAGUGGUCCAUAGACUCUCACUCAUAACUCACACUGCGCUCCUGUUGCUGUUGCCAUUGUCGCACUUGGCUGUUCCAAACCCAUGGAACCUCAUUGUGGGCACUCCCGGCCUCCCAGGCCAUCUCCUGGGAGAUCUGGCCCAGGUGGAGACAGGGCAGGCUGUGGCUGCCACUAAACCUGCACUCUCCCUAAUGAGUCCUGAUGAAGCAGACUUCCCUGCUCUCCCUGCUCCCUUUCCCUCAUUCCCAUCAUCAGAGAAAUGAUUCAUUGGGUGACUUUUUUUUUUUUUUAAUAUUCUACUUUCCACCUAAAUGCUUCAAAUAUUUAGAAUUAGAGCAAGUGUUAGCAUCUCUACGGACAAUCAAUGGACCUUACACAGCCUAAGAAAUCGUUGUAACUAACUCCCUUGGUCUCAAGUGAUUCUCUUUGUGUUGUUUCUUGAUGCACAUACCCAAAAGCGACUUGGGGAGCUGUGAUGACAAGUAAAUCACCUUCUCCGAAGUCCUGGCUUCAACAGAGACCAGACCUUACAGACUCAGAGUAGAGAUUUGCACAGAUACAUUUUAGUUUUAAUUUAUAAUCCAAUUUUUCUCUCAUUUUUUUCUGGUGUUGGAGUCUCCUUUAGAAAACAGGAUAAAUGAUGCUGUUUAUCAA